UUGUGUAGAGAGGUAUUUUCUGCUCUCUCAUCCAAAAAUAAAAUGGAUCUUAUACUGAGGCUGAUGCUGCUGAUGGCAACGUCUGUAACGGGACAGCUUCAGGACAUCGCCGCAGAAUGUCGUUCUCAGCCAACGGACCUUGUGUUUCUGCUGGAUUCGUCUGGUAGCGAGGGAGAGGCCAACUUCAAGAUACAGCUUCAGUUCAUCACAAGCAUUGCGGACAAGUUCCACAUUGGACCCGAUGCAGUUCAGGUGAGUGUGGUCACAUUCUCUACAGACGUCCACAACGCGUUCUGGCUUGACCAGUAUGAGAACAAGACCGCCGUCAUCGACGCCAUCAACAGCACAAAAUACAUAACUGGCAACACUGCCACCGACAAAGGGCUGGAUUUUGUCUUGAAUGAGAGUUUCUCAUCUACCCACGGCGGACGAAACGACUCCAACAAGAUCUUGAUUGUGUUGACUGACGGACGCUCAACCCAGUCAACCAACACUGCAGAGGCUGCUAAUAAGAUCCACAACACCAACAUCCGAGUCAUCGCCAUCGGCAUUGGCGACAACAUCUCCCCUUCCGAACUCGACACCAUCGCCACCGACGAUAAGCACGUAUACAGAGUGGCUAACUUUACUGGCCUGGCCAGCAUUGAGAAAGAGGUGUCCCAAAAGACAUGCACCACCCAGGGAUUAUUAUGCAAAUCAACCCCCGCCGACAUCUUGUUCCUGCUGGACGCUUCCGCUUCCGAGGGAACUAACAACUUUGAUAAGCAGCUGAACUUUAUAAAGAAUUUCACGAAGGACUUCACCAUCGGCCCUGACGCCGUCCAGAUCGCACUGGCGACAUUCUCCACCACGACAAUGUCCGAGUUCUGGUUCAACGACUACGACAAUAGUACAGAUCUAAUGAAUGCCAUAGACAAGGUCAAAUAUCGGACUGGCAAUACGCACACGGAAAUUGCGCUUAAGUUCGCCCAGACAGCGUUCACAGCAGCUAAUGGUGCCCGGAACAACUCUAACCACCUCAUCAUCAUCCUCACCGACGGCCAGUCGUCAGAUAAAACACAGACCAAGGCAGCAGCCAACAGCAUCCACAACGCCGGAACUCAGGUCAUCGCCAUCGGCAUCGGUAACAGCGUUGACCAACAGGAGAUCAAAGACAUCGCCUCCGGGGACGGCGACCAGAACGCCUUCGCCGUGGCCAACUUUGACGCCCUGCACACCAUCGAGAAAGAGAUCCAAAGUCAGACAUGUAAAACACAAACGGCGUGCAGCUCACGGCCGGCAGAUGUCGUGUUUCUGUUGGACACAUCUGUCAGUGAAGGGUCAGACAACUUCAAGAAGCAGCUGGACUUCGUCAACAACUUCGCCCGCGAGCUGGACAUCGGGCCCAACAACGUGCAGCUUAGUGUCGUCACGUUUGCGACUAACGUCAAGAAUGAGUUCUGGUUGAACAACUUUAACUCAAAAGCCGAUCUGCUCAACGCAGUUCAGAAGGUGCAGUACCGCCCGGGAUUGACGGAAACAGGAAAGGGACUCAAGUUUGUUGGGGCGAACAGUUUUCUACCACAACAUGGCGGCCGCCCCGACGCUCAACAAGUGGUCAUUGUCGUCACUGAUGGUGAAUCUCGGCACAAGUCAGUCACAGCCAGUGAAGCGGAGAAGCUCCAUAAAUCCGGUAUCAAGGUCAUAUCAGUGGGAAUCGGUGCGAGGAUCGACAACGGAGAACUCACGGCUCUUGCCAGUAAUCCUUCCUUCGUGUUCAAAGUGUCAGAUUUUGAUGCUCUGCAGAAGAUCGAGACAGAUAUACGUGAGACCACAUGUAAGGCUCCACAAACAGCAUGCAAGUCUGAUCCUGCUGACAUCGUGUUCCUCCUGGACUCAUCCUCAAGCGAGGGGUCCAUCAACUUCAAGAAGCAACUCGACUUUGUCAGCAACUUCGUCGACGGCUUUGACAUUGGUCCUGAUAACGUGAAGAUCGGUGUUGUCACCUUUUCAACAGCUGUCCACAAUCGCUUCUUCCUAAACGACUACAACAGCAAAGCAGCAUUAAAAGCUGCAAUCACCAGCAUCCCCUACAUUGGAGGUACCACAGACACUGGCGACGGAUUGGAGUUUAUCCGGACGAACUCUCUCAGUGCUGCCCAUGGUGCCCGGACUAAUGCCCGUCAGGUAGUGAUUGUGAUGACCGACGGUCAGUCCCAGAACAUCUUAUCCACGAAGGAGCAAGGCAAGCUGUUGCAUGACAGAGGCGUCAAGGUCAUAGCCGUGGGGAUAGGUACUGGAAUCCGCCCCAGAGAACUAAACAGCAUAGCAAGCGACAAACAACAUGUCUUCAUGGUGGCAGGUUUCGACGCGCUGCACACUAUCGAGAAAGAGCUACAGCAGAAGUCAUGUAACAAGCUUGUUUGCGCCUCCUCCGCUGCCGACAUCGUCUUCGUCCUCGACUCUUCUGUGAGUGAAGGACCUACUAACUUCAACAAACAGGUUACAUUCGUCCAGAACUUCGUGGACCAGUUUGACGUGAGCUCCACGGCAGUGCAGUUCAGCAUCGUUGUCUUCUCAACUGCCGUGUAUCCUCAGUUCGACCUUGACAAGUACGCCAGCAAGGCUGCCCUGCUCGCCGCCAUCAAGAACGUCAAGUACCACUCGGGCGUCACCUACACCGACAAAGCCCUCCGCUACGUCAACAAGAUGACGUUGACGACGGCUCACGGUGCUAGACCUUCUGCUGCCAAGAUCGUGAUCGUCAUCACUGAUGGGCAGUCCACGAAUCGAUCUAUUACAAUACGGCAGGCUAACAUCUUGCACAAGGCUGGCGUGGAGGUUAUGGCUAUCGGUAUAGGCGUUGGAGUAAACCAUCAGGAACUUGCCAACAUCGCCAGCGACGCUAAGCACGUCUUCUCCGUCACCAACUUCGAUGCCCUCAAAACCAUUCAGAACGAGCUACAGCAGACAACGUGCGCUGUUCAAGGAACAGCUAUCCCAGCAACAACAAAACCUGGUCCAUGCCCAGUGUCAGAGAAGGCUGAUGUCAUCUUCCUCCUGGACGAUUCUGGCAGCGAGGGAGCUUUAAAUUUCCAAAAGGAACUAGACUUCGUCUCCAAGUUUGUCAACGACUUCGACAUUGGCCCAGAUCACAUGCAAUUCGGGGCUGUCCGGUUCAGUACCUCCGCCUCACUUGUGUUUGACCUUAAUACCCACACAACAAAGUCUUCCCUUCAGCAGGCGAUCGCUUCCAUAUCCUACACGGGCGGCACCACCUACACCGACAAGGCUCUGGCCCUGGCACACACAAACGGCUUUACUUCUACUCAUGGUGCUCGACCUGGCGCCAAGAGAUACGUCAUUGUCAUCACAGAUGGAGAGUCCGUGUCGCCGACUCAGACAUUAACAGCGGCAACUAAUUUGAAGAAUGACGGUGUCAGUGUCAUCACUAUCGGGGUGGGGACACAGGUGCGCCAGUCCGAGCUGGACGGGAUGGCGACGGACAAGACACAUGUGUUCACGGUGAAGGACUUCAAUGUGCUGCAGACCAUCCAUACAGAGGUUCAGAAGAAAACGUGCACGGAUUCUGGACUAGUGCUAACCACAACGAUGCCAUAACUACCAAGUGAAGCUUGACAUUUUAUUUUUUUCAUAAUUGGCUUUCUGUACUCCAAAAUGAAAUAAAGCAUAAAAAAUGAUAA